AAUUUCAUACCAAUUAGCAUUUCGAAGCAUAAAACCCCAUAUGGUGUAAGUUUUUAUUAAUCAUGUGAAUAUGCAUAAUCUCCUCUUCACCAGGAGGAUCCUCCCAUCUAGCAUAAUGGAACACUCCAAUUCUACUUCUAAUUAAAUUCAAACUAUCAUGAGUAGUUAAUGUCCAUUGCACACUCCAAUGUGGUUUUUCCAAAUGUUCCCAUUCCACAAUCCUCCUCAGUUUCACUUUCUUGCUCUUCCAAAACAGUUUCCGAUUACAGCACUUUAGUGUACAAAACCUGUGCAAGCCAAACCUUUAACGACCAAUUAACUAAAACUUAUUCUCAAACACUCAACUCUCUGCUCCAACAACUCAUUGCACAAUCCUCCCAACAAAAGUUCUUCAAAAACACGGAAGCCGUUAGCGACGACGCAGCCAUCUCAGGCCUUUUCCAAUGUCGAGACGAUAUCGGCAUAAAAGAUUGUUUUAACUGCGUAAACUUGCUGCAUCAGAUGUCAAACACCUUGUGCAGUGAUUCCAUGCCAACACGGGUUCAACUUGACGGUUGCUACAUUCACUACGAGACAGAGGAGCUUCCAGAAACAAAUGGUGAAUCUAAAAGUUAUAGCAAUUUCUUGCUUCACAAGGAGUGUGGGGAACCGGUUGUGGACUAUAUCAAGUUCAAAGAGUUUAUGGACGAGGCGUUUGUGAAUCUGGAAAGUGGGAUUCCGAACAGUAAUGGGUUCUAUACGAUGAAUUAUAAAUCAGUGAAAUUGAUGGCGCAGUGUGAAGGGGAUUCAAAUAUUUGUGACUGUAGCAACUGCGUGAGCGAUGCAGUGCAGGUUGCUAAGGAAGAAUGCGGAACUUCACUUUCGGCACAAAUAUAUCUUGACAAGUGUUUCAUAAGCUACUAUGGCAUUCCUGGAAACUCUGUCCCAGGGGCAAGAAGAAAUAACAACACCGAAAAGUUGGCAGCGAUAAUUGUUGGAGGGGCCGCAGCUCUGUUUUUGGGUUUUGCUUUUUUAUCACUGCUUAAGUCUUGGUUUAGAAAAGACGAUUAUGAAUAGAGUGGACUGGGUUUAACCAGUGAGUAUUAGGAAUUUAGGAUACGAUUAUCUGUGUAAUAAUCAUCUUUGCUAUGCUUUUUUCUUUAGUAUGAAGAUAACAACUUUGUAUCUAUAAUACUAAUGUUGAAAAUAUUUCUUAGUUUUCAUUUUUCA